CAUCAGUCGGAGAAACGGAGCGACGCUCGUCGAGUGACCGCGGCGACACAGCGACCGACUGGACUUUAAACCAGACCGGACCCCCUCUGGAACGAGGUCUGGUGAUUAGAACCAGACACGAGCAAUAACAAGAACCAUGGUGACCAAGAAAAUCCGGACGGAGUAUAUGAAGAAGUUUAAAGAUCCCAAAUGGGAGACGUUUUCCAAAUGCUACGAGGACUCUCUGAAGUACCGUCUGACCCGGCGGGUGAUUGAGCAUUCCCACAAGCCCUGGUUCUGGGAGGGCUGGGACAGCGGCUCCGACUCCAGCGGCUGGUCCACGCCCAGGCUGACCAAGAACAAAGUCGCCCCUCUGUCCCUCCCGCCGCCGCCGCCGUGCUCGGAGGUCAAGCAGAGGUUGUGGGAGCUGAAGACCAGUCCCGGAUCGAAGCCGCCCUCUGAGGAGACCGAGGUGGGAGCUGGAGAGGCCGCGGAUGUAGACGCUGCACCGACCCCAGCAGUGGUUGUAGAAGAGGGUGUGAAUGAAGCCAGCGGAGAUUCAGUGACGACACCUCCAAACACCAGCGGCCCUUCAGACGACAGGGCGACAGACAACGGGCCGGCCGACACACUGUCUUCUGACGAGGAACCCGCGAACCCGGUACCGAGAAGUCGCCGCUGCCGUCGCAGCCCUCGCUCUGAGCCAGGACACCCGGACGGUUCCCAUGACGACAAACCAGCUGUCGUCCGCAAACCGCCAAGAGCAAAGAGCCAACCACCGAUCAGCACCAAGGAGAAGGAGAACCGGAGACCGUCCAGCCGACUGGACUGGACCGAGAGACAGACGGAGGUUAGGAGGAUGCCCAAUGAUAGCCACAGGUCUGACGCCUGCGUUCAGACCCGACGGGAGUCCAACAAGCGGAGCUCCAACCUGGACCGGCGGCGGGCUCGCUCGGCCGACCUGGAGAAGAUGACGCGGUCGCAGCUGAUGGUGGUGGACGACCGCUGGAUGACGGAGUACAUGCGCUGUUUCUCCGCCCGGCUGAGGUAGAGACGGGAUCCAUCCCACGACCCCUGAAAAGCACAUUUCCUUAUUGGGGAGCAAACAUAAGACGGGGGCUAAGUUCGUUUUUGUUCAGUUGAAAUAACAAGACAAACUGAGAACCAUGUUGUCUCAUUACAGUCCAUCACGCUGAAAGGCUGCCCGCUGUCUUGUCUCCUUUUUGGACAGCGAGAUAACAGAGAAAAAUAAAAAGAAGUGGGCAAAAAUAUUUAUGUAGAAUUCAGCUUUUCUCAAAGCAAAAGUAGUAAAGAAACAGAGGAACCUCUUGGAAAACUUAGGAUAAAACCGGGUGAUGUUACAGCCAUCGGAUAUACAUAAGAAUUCAACUUCAAUUCCCACAAAAUGCAUUUUAUUCCCCGGCUUGGUCUGGGUUGAACAAAAUCCUUGUAAUUAAAAUGAACAUUAAUGAGAGAGUCAAAAAGGGAGAAAUAACUUAUUAUUCAGAUGCGUGUUUUUAACCCGACGGCAGCGAUUUUGAUCCGUAGGAACAGUUUGGAUUUUCAGCCCAGGUCAGAUGUGAUGGUCUGAAAUGUUUUUCCUCUGGUUCUGUGUUUCUGUUGAAGCUGUUCUCAGUUUGACAGCGAACAAACUUCAAAGAAUUCACUCUUUAUAAGCUUUUAUAUGAAAAGAAAUAUCACACCAACAUCACUACUUGAAUGUAUUUGAUUUCUGUGCAUGAAAGUCUCCAAUGACACUGCUGUGCUUUAUUUUAGCCGUUAAUCUCCUUUCAGACACACGUAGUGUUUUUCAUUCCUCUCUCACAAAGGCAGCUGCGUGUUUCUAACAGUGUUUGAAUCAGAAGCAGCAGAAAGGACCAAACUGGAAUAUUUUUGAUAUUUGAGUAUUUUGCAAUUUAAAGACUAAAACUACUGCUGAAAAUAUAGAAACACAAGAUUUAUCUAACAAAAUUAGUAUUUAAGGUAUUUUCAGAGGAAAAAGUAUAUUUAAGAUGUGCUAGCUUUAUAAUCAUCUCAGUUUUAAGAAAUUAAAAGCACUUAAUUUAAUUCAGGGGACUGUUAAAGGUUUUCAGAGUUGUUUGGCAUUUAUUCAGGUUUUGACACAUUGUGGCUGUUUAGCAGCAGCCUGCCGCUUCUUGUUUCCAUUCAUUCUGAUGAAAAAUGCCAACAUGGUGCUUUUCUGUUAACUGCAAUGCUAAACACACAACUUAUUUCUCUUACUUCAGCUUUUUGGGGUUAUUAUGCAAAAGUAAACUCUUAAUCUAAAGUUUCUGAGACUUUUCGGUUGAGUAGAAGUUUUAAAUAAUGAAUGUGUGAUAUUGAUAAAAAUGCAACACUGUACUAUCCCUGAUUUGUGGUGUAUAGGGGCAGCUGAAACUUGUUUGCUUUAUCAGAAAUCCAGAUUCAA